AUGGCUCUUCCUCUUCGCCAACAUUGCCCAAUCCCCGUUUCUUCAUCUCCUCCACUUUCAAAAUCCAUUCUUUUUCCCCAAAAUGCCCUUCCUCAUACACUUUCUUCUCGCCGGAUUAUUCCCAAGUUUCACAACUGUCGUCACAUUCGAAGUUCGCCUCCUAAGCAAUUUACCCCAGAAUAUCAAAAACCCAUCAGUCAGAAUGGUUCUCGCUACUCACGUUUAGUUGUCGGAUGCAGAGACCAUGAUGAGACUCGGUCAACUCUUGUUUCUUCUGAGCUCGCCGAUGAUGAAAAGACUGAAUAUUUACAGAAAGUCGAGGAUUUGGAGAUAACCCACGAAACCAAGAAGGGUAAGAGUUUCUGGGCUGCAGUUAGUUUGAUCAUCGGAACCGCCGUUGGUCCCGGAAUGCUCGGUCUCCCAGCCGCAACUAUCAGAUCUGGUUCGAUCCCAUCGACCAUCGCUUUGCUUUGUUCUUGGGUUUACGUCAUCUCUUCCAUUCUUCUCGUGGCUGAGCUCAGCUUUGCAGCUAUGGAAGAAGACAAUGCAUCAGAGGUUAGCUUCACAGGGCUUGCAACGAAAUCAUUCGGGAACAAAUUUGGAGUUUUUGUAGCUCUUGUCUAUGCUUCACUGAGUUUCUCUUUGAUGGUUGCUUGCGUCUCUGGUAUCGGCUCCAUCGUGUCUCAAUGGUUUCCUUUCAUGAAUCCAUUCUUGGCCAAUGCUUUAUUCCCUCUAGUUUCAGGAAUCUUGAUUGGUUUUUUCCCUUUCGAUGCCAUUGACGUCACCAACAGGUGUCUCUGCUUUCUCAUGCUCUUCUCUAUAACGUCACUUGUGGCCAUUGGUUUAUCUGUGGCUAGGUCCAAUGUGUUGGCCUCAUUUGGUCAUUCGUGUUGGACAGUCUCAGCGGUUUUACCCGCAGUUCCUGUUAUGGUACUGACACUAGGGUUCCAUGUCAUCACUCCUUUCAUAUGCCAUCUCGCAGGGGACUCGGUCUCAGAUGCUCGGAGAGCUAUUCUUGUAGGUGGUGUUGUGCCAUUGGCUAUGGUGUUGUCAUGGAAUCUCAUUGUUUUGGGGCUUGCAAGAAUCAAUGUCCCUGUACAUUCUUCAUCCAUUGACCCGAUUUCUCUUCUUCUAUCUGUGAACCCUUCUGCUUUAUCUGCUGUUCAAGGCUUUGCUUUCUCAGCCUUAGCUACCAGUUCAAUUGGAUACGCUGUUAGCUUCCCGAAACAACUCCUCGAUACAUGGAAGCUUGUGUCUAAGCAAUCAGAUGGAAAUGGAAAUGGAAGAAUUGGGUCUGUAAGUUUCUCAUCGAAGAAGGGUAAUAAGAGAACUGAUGGGAGAGUUUCAUACAGUGAACCAACAAGAGCUCGUGAUGGAUUUGAAGCAGUAGUAAUGCUGUUUGUGCUUGGAGUUCCAGCUCUAAUUGCAACAUUCUUUCCAUCAACGUUUGUGAGAGCUCUGGAUUUCGCAGGUGUUUAUGCAAACUGCUUCCUCUUUGGUGUCCUCCCUCCUGCUAUGGCUUAUAUUCAACAGUCCAGAAAGAAGCUCAGGUCAUGGAUUCUUCCCGGAGGCAACUUUACCUUGUUGAUCUUAUUCGUAAUUGCCAUUAUUCUGGGAAUAUGGCAUUAGAUAGCCAUCAAACAGAAAUGUACCAUUAUCUAACUGUGCUAACCAGACGCUAGGGAAGCAAAAUGACCCAAU